AUGCACAGUAAAAGCAACACCUUCGACCCAAACACCGACAUCCCAGACCUCUCAGGCAAGGUCUUCAUCGUCACUGGUGGCAGCGCAGGAAUAGGUUUCGGCAUCUGCGCCCACCUCCUCCAGCACGGCCCAGAGCGCAUCUACCUCAUCGGCAAAAAGGAACAACAUCUAGCCGAAGCUAACGAGGCGCUGAAAAAGUACGGCGAUGUGCAGCGCAUAAGCCCCAUACAAGUCGACCUAGAGGACCUAAAAGCAACAGACCAAGCAGCUAAAAAGCUCGCCGCCGACCUCCCCAGGCUCGAUGCCCUGAUACUCAACGCAGGGCUCGGCGUAGGCAAGUUCAGCGAGACACAGGCCGACGGGCUGGACAGCCACAUGCAGGUGAACGUCUGGUCCCAGUUCCACCUGGCCAUGACGCUCCUGCCCACGCUGCGCGCCACGCCCGACAGCCGGCUCGUCCUGCAGUCGUCGGAUCUGCACCGCGUGGGCACGGGCGGGGUGGCGUUCCGCGGCCUCGAGGAGAUCAACUCCGACGUGGGGCCCAGCGUGCUGUACAACCGGUCCAAACUCGCGCAGGUACUGCUGGUGCGGGCGCUGCACCGGCGCAAGGGCCGCGGGGAGCUGGGCCUCGUGCCGGGGGAGGCGCCGUGGGUCAUCGCCACGCAUCCUGGCGCGGUGUCGACGGACCAACAGGAGCAGGCUGUCGAGGCGUAUGGGACUAUGGCCAAGGCUGCUGUGGCGGUCAUCCGCCCCUUUAUGAAGGAUCCUGUAGAUGAGGGGUGCCGGCCUAUGUUGUUUGCUGCCACAAGCAGCCGGGUUGGAGAGGAGAAGAUUGACGGCGCGUAUGUUGUCCCUGACUGCAAGGUCACGGAUCCGAGCAGCCAGGCUAAGGACGAGGAGCUACAGGAGAGGCUGUGGAAUCUGACUGUGGAUGUGUUGGAGGGGAAGUUGGGCGAUUUGCCAUAUCUGAAAUGA